GGGGGACGGAGCUCGAUUUAUCCUUAGCGUCUAGGCGUCAAUGGCCUGUUGUAUGUAUACUCUACCUCGUUAUUGACAGGACGAGGUAGUAAAGGAAACAAAGACUGUCCGGGGGUGACAGGAAACGAAGUUAAGGACAGAUGCCCGGAUAUUCUGCAAGAACACUGAAAAGCUACAUGAAGCCACUCAGCUCUUAAAGUUCACUCUUAGGAGUCGGGAACAAAAGAGUGUGUCAACAAGUGAACGAAUCCAUUAUAAGACAGUUAAAAACUACUACAUUCUGCUCUACCUUUCGGGUAGUUUCUGUACGCCUAGUGUGGAUCGCAUGGGGAGCCGCCACUUAGAAGGUUACGGGGCUGGAAACAAAGGCUGGCUGAGUUUUCAAGUGAAACAGACUUAGAAGUGAGAACAAAGGCACACCAUCCUCGCUGCUGUAUAUAUCCCUCUGCCUUCUACCAGCAAGCUGAAAGAGCGACACUAAGACUACCCAAAGUAAGGUAGGACUGCUGACCUUCUCUCGUUACUCGCUGUUACAUUCGGUUUGGAUUUACUAAUCGUGGAGCACAUCUAAGAGGAACAGACGGGGGGCUUCAUUUAGUUGCCCCCCCACCACCUAUUAUCUCCAAAUCUGCCUUAGGGGAUGAUGGAAAUACCCUUCUACCAUGAUGAUGUGUUAAAUACCAAUCUGACCUCAAGCAACUACACUUCAAACUUUGCCACCAUGAUGAAGAAAGACCUUAAUCUUAACCUGAGCGACCAGGUUGUGGCCAAUUUAAAGCCCCACAACGGGGAUGGACUUUCCUCCCCUGAUCUUGGAUUACUCAAACUAGCUUCUCCUGAACUCGAAAGGCUUAUUAUCCAGUCAAAUGGUUUAGUUACCACAACCCCUACCACUAGCCAGUUCAUAUACCCCAAAAUGGCUAGUGAGGAACAGGAAUUUGCAGAGGGAUUUGUAAAAGCACUGGAGGAUCUCCACAAACAGAACCAACUUGGAGUCUCACCAUCUACAGUAGAUUUAAGUUCAGUCCCUGUUGGUGUUAACCUUCAGUCUCCUCCAACUUCUGAGGGCCCUAUUUAUGCCAACCUCAACAACUAUCCAAGUGGAACACUGGGUACAACUGUUAAUUACAGCACUGACACUGUACCAUACCCUCCACCACCAUCCAACAUGGCACAGCAGCCUCCCCCACCUAGACUGCAUAUUCUAAAGGAUGAGCCACAAAUUGUACCAGAGGUUUCUAAUUUUGGUGAAAGUCCACCAAUGUCUCCCAUAGAUAUGGACAAUCAGGAGAGGAUUAAAGCGGAAAGGAAGAGAUUGAGGAAUAGAAUAGCAGCUUCUAAAUGCAGGAAGCGGAAGCUGGAAAGGAUCUCUAGGCUUGAAGAAAAGGUGAAAAGCCUUAAAUCUCAAAAUACUGAGUUAGCAUCAACUGCAAACCUGUUGAGGGAACAGGUGGCCCAGCUCAAGCAGAAAGUCAUGAGUCAUGUCAAUAGUGGGUGCCAACUUCUGCCUCAACAAGUCCAAGCCUAUUAAUGCAUACUUUGCAGCACCUCAGUAUCAGAGCUAUACCUGCUUUACCUACAUGUCCUGAAUAACAUCAUUCCAACAAUUGUUUGAGCAAAGUAAUUCUCAAUACCUCAGUGCCAAAGACCUGACCAAAGACGGAAGGAUUGCCCAUCCGUUCGGGAUCCCAUAACCUACAAUAAUGUGUCUUUAUCUGAUGUGUGAUUAUCUACCUUUAAAAUAUUUAAAAUACGCAUUUGAUUAUUUGGUCUUUAAGAGCUCUUAAUGAGGGUCUUGAUUUAGGCAGACAUUCGUCGAUGUGGCUACAAAUGUUUAUUUGUGAAAAUAAAUGCAAACCUCUGUGGACACUAUAUUGACUAAAAUAAGGUGCCUCAUUUAUGUCCUCGAUUGUUUAGCAUCCAGAGGUGAUAGGAGAGUACAAAAUGGUCAAUGAUGCCCAUAGUGCCUCUAAAUCAUGAAAUGAUGCUGCUUUCAUUUAAAUGUAUU